AUGUCAAACAAGUUUGGAUUGGGUUCUUUACCUUUAGAAACUAAAAACCCCAACACUACAUCAUGGAUAAAUAAAGCAAAACCUUACUUUGUAGAUCAAAUUGUAGAUUCCUUACCAGGUGAUAUUGACAUGCAUAAUUUUGCCAUAACUAAUUUAAAGUUACCAGAAUAUGAUAAUGAUGCUGUUCACCAGAAAUAUUUAAUGGAUCAAUUACAUUUAAUUGAAGUAGAUAAAGACUAUUUAAAAGAAAGAAUAAAUGAUGUGAAAAGAUUCUUCAAACGACAAAAAAAUAAUAAAAAUUUUAUUGAUGAAAGUAAACUGAAAGAAUUAGAUCAUAUAUACCAAAUUACAACAAGUAAUGAUAAGAUUACAAAGCAAAAAAUAGAUCUUAAACAACUAAUAGCCAAUAUUAAUCCAAGUGAAGACAAAUUAACCGCAUUAGAAACUAAACUUAGUGAUGAUAGUGACAUACAACAACAAAUAGUCGCUAUUCAACCACAAUUAGUCAAUGUAGUGGAUAAAACUCAGUUACAAAAUUUAAGUUCAUUAAUAUCUAAUUUAGAUUACAAUGCAAAAAAUAGAUCUUAA